AUGAAUUUACCAGCGAGAUUAGAAAAAGAGAAAAAUUUGCAGUUUCAGUCACAAAAACUAAAUAGCAAUAAUAACAGUCAGUUUAUUCGAGUAGAAACUCCCGCAAGUCCAUUGCAAUCAUUGCAAAGUUCUUCCGUAUCUGAAACAGAAGAUUAUGUCGAUCAAAUAACCAUCCCUUCAUCGAACUUUCACUCGUCAGUCGAUGAAAACGAACAACCAAUAGUGGGUCAUGAAAUUUCGCCAAUUUAUAACUAUUCUCCAACUUUCAACAUACCAACUUAUACAAGCACAUUUUUCACAUCACCACCACCGUUAGAAAAUGAUUUCACUUACGAAACAUCUUAUUUUGCGAAUCCGUUUCAGCCAGAAAUUAAUCCAUUAAAUAAUUAUAACCAAACGCAAAUGUCUUCCUCGAUACCUUCUUAUUUUUCGACGAAUUACGAUUUUAUUGAUCAACUUGGAUCAUCGAAUUAUAUAAAGAAACUACAAUUUCAUCGAAAAAAUAAAUAUUUUUAA